UGGGGCACGCAGACAUCCCACAGCUUCGACGCCGCGAGUAUACCGUGACAGACAUACGAAGCCGGACCCGCUCGCCGCUACCCGUCGAACGCCACGGAGUGUCCUGAUUCACCCGUAGCAGUCCCUUCCACGUGUACAAAGCGUAUCCUUUCUGUCCGUUUCCUGGUCACGCACGUGAAUGACCCAUACAGUCCCCAAGCAACAGUGGGAAGCUUCUGGUCAAAGCUGGGCGCCCGGCGUCACCUGCGCGCUGCUUCCGAGGCGCUGACACUCUGAACCGGGGCCCGCCACCAAGCCUGCUGCCCGACAGCGGUUCAGGUCAACGGCUCUGGUUCGUUUGAAGAAAAGCAACGCUAUCACCUGAUCUGCGAGAAAAAAGAAAGCAAAAAGGCAGCUCGCCCACCUCCACGAGAUCCACCUCUGCGACAGGAAGGACGCGCUGCGGCAAAGCGCCCGAUAAGGCUGCUUCUCCUCUCCCAACGAUUACUCCGCCGCUUCCCCUGCCACCGUCGCUGCUGUUGCCGCAACCAGGGGGCCAUCGACGGUUUCGCAGCUAAGGUAUAAAGCCGAGGCUGCCACCAUUUCCGAAACCAUGGGCAAGGAAGUUGUGUUCGAGUCCUCCGGAGCAGCCGUCCACAACCACCGCCGCCACCACCAACAGCAGACCAACGGUUACCACCGCGCCGCCAGCCACCAGUCACUGAACAAGAAGAAGAAGCAUUGCCAGCCCAGGGUCAUCAAGAAGCCACGCAGCGUUUCCAACGGCACAUCCCGAACCAUGAGGCACGACGCGAUCCUCUUCAGCAACCUCAAGCCCAAGGAGUUCGCCCAAGAAGUCGUCGGCAAGACGAACAAGAAUGACUUGGAGAACCCGUUCUACAUCGUGGACAUCGAUGACGUACUCUACAAGAUUGACCUCUGGCGAAAGUCCGUGCCGAGGGCGAAGCCCUUCUAUGCUGUGAAGUGCAACGACAACCAGAUCGUGCUCGAAGUGCUCGCUGGUCUAGGCCUGGGCUUCGACUGCGCCAGCCUUGCCGAAAUCGAAGCCGUCAUGUCACUCGGCGUCGACCCGUCGCGCAUAAUCUACGCGCACCCGCAGAAGCACGUGAGCUACCUGCACCGAGCGCAUGAGCUCGGCGUUGAUCUCAUGACCUUCGACUGUGCCGAGGAGCUGUACAAGAUCAAAGCGCACCACCCGUGUGCUCGCCUGGUGCUUCGUCUCAAGGUCGACAACAAGAAGGCUUUGUUUGCCAUGGGCGACAAGUUCGGCUGCUCGGAGGUCGAGGCCAUCAACCUGCUACAAUUGGCCAAGGACCUCGACCUGUCUGUUGUGGGCAUAUGCUUUCACGUGGGCAGCACUAACCAGGACCCGGGAGCCUUCACCGGAGCCCUGGCGGCAGCGAGAAGGACGUUCGACGCCGGACGAGACCUUGGAUUCGACCUCAGGCUUCUGGACAUCGGCGGAGGCUACCCUGGAGAAAAGGGCCUGGAGCACGUCUUCCUCAAGACUGCGGACAUCAUCAAUGCAGGCCUGGACAAGCACUUUCCUGAAAGCUACGGCGUUAGCAUCAUCAGCGAGCCUGGCACAUUUUUCGUGGCCUCUGCCUUCACCAUCUAUACGAAGAUCAUCGGCAAGCGGCUAAAGGAAAGCUACGACGACUCAAAGCCCAAAGAACGCAUGUACUACAUCAACGAAUCUGUGUACAAGUCUUUCAUUGUAUCUCUCUUCGAUGAUGAAUCUGUUCAGCCAGAACCACUACAGGACAAUGAAGAACCACUGCACCCGAGCAUUGUGUGGGGCAUCACUUGUGACGGCGUGGACAAGAUCAAAGCCGUUUGCAAGCUUCCCGAACUAGCAGUUGGCGAGUGGCUCUACUUUGAAAGCAUGGGUGCCUACACCAUCACCAUCAACUCUCCAUUCAACGGCUUUCCGAUGGCGGAUGUGCACUAUCGGGCAAGCAAAAUUGUCGAGGACCACCUGCGACGAAAGAAGCUCAUCCUCUCCAUCCUUGACACCGCUUGACAGGACCCUGCCAGCUCCUGAACAGUACUCAAGUUUUUCCUGCCAUCAAGUUGACCUCCGCGUCCCGAAGAGGACUGCGAGACCUGGCGUGACUGCCACAUGCAAGGACGUACUCUCGCACAAUGAAAGUGGUUCAGAAGAGAACUGACAAGGUCGAGUAGAACAACUUAAGCGCAGAAGAGGAUUCCACAGAAGCUAGAAAAUAGCCGACUGCCCUUUAAGCAUGAAAGCAGUACUAUUUAUAGACUGUUCGCGAGAUUUCUUGUGAACCUGUAUUGGUGGAGAAAGUUUGCACUGUUCGGAGAAUGACAGCUGCAAUUAUUUUUCAGCUUGUUUCGGGGCAUUUUUAUCCUCUUUACAAGCUUCAUAUGAAGUGGUGUGCUUAGUCACUUGUAUAACUUUUACUAGUGAACUUUGCAAAUACAUAAACUGAACAAAAGUGGCAUGCAUUGUGUACCAGAACGAUAAUAUUCCUUGCUUUUGAUGAGCUAAUAUCAGAAUGUGGCUGGCAGUUUACUAAUCGGGAAGUCGAAGAAAAGAUGUAUGAUCCCGAAACAAUCGGUGCUUCACUGUGCUAUGUUAACAGAUUCAAGACUGUUUGGAUCAAUAUCCACAUCAUCUAGGUUUUAGUCCCACACAAUAAGAGUAGGCUAGCCACAGGCCUAUUUAAAAGUGAAUUUUUAUACUGUAAACUGAAAUUCGUUCCACAAAAAUUUGGUAUUUGCCAAAAACUCCAUAAAUAACUUAGCAGCAUAAUCAAUGAGAAUAGUGUAAACAGAUGAGUUCAACAAAAAUAUGGGCUGUCUCCAUUUGUCUACAGAAAAGCUAACAACCUCAGGUUAAGGAUUUAAAUGGUUUGUAACUUUACAAUAAAUAGGCUGACUUGACAAUGAAUGAAACAAUGCAGAUGUUUGUUUUAUACCCUUUGACUGCGCAUAUCCUUGCCAGUAAUUGUCUUGCUGAAUAAAGGUUUUCUUUGAAGU